AUGUCGUCCACCAGCAACGCCUCCAUUGACAAGUUCAACGGAGACAAUUACGCAACGUGGAGCCGGUACAUGCGCGGUGUGUUUUUGACGAAGUCCGUCUGGCACGUCGUCAACCGUGAAGUGACUCCGACUUUCACCGACCCGCGAGCGUCCGAUGACUACGUCAAGGCAAGCAACGUCGCGUUUGGUAUGAUGCUGCUGCACAUGAACGCGGACUACCAUCAUGUGCUGGACAACUGCGAGGAAGCCUGGGUUGCGUGGACAAGUCUGAAGACGCUGUACGGUGGGUCGCAGAAGGCAGGACGCAUCUACCUCAAGCGACAACUUUUCAGUAUCAAGAUGGCUGAAGGCGCGAACGUCAUGCAUCACUGCAACGAGGUCCUCAACAUCUCCGCCAAGCUUAGCGGCAUCGGUGCGAAGAUGGAAGACGAAGACGUUGCAAUUUGUCUGCUACUCAGUCUUCCGAAGAGCUACGAAAAUGUGGUGCUCAACAUGGAAAUGAGCAGCACCGAGCUUCGCACUCAAGAUGUGGUGAGAGUCCUGACGAAUGAGCAUGCCAAGCGUCAAGGAGAAAAAGGGACAACGACAGCGACUACGCUGAAGGCUGAAGAUGCAAUCAAGGCAUUCAGCACCGAGCGUGAGCCUUACCAAUGCACAUAUUGUGGCAAGGUGGGACACACGGUGGAUCGUUGCUGGACAAAGCAGAAGAACGAAGGUCGGGGAGCCCGACGCGGCGGCAAUGGUCGUGGACGCGGGGCUAACAAUGUCCAGUGGGGACAUCAUGAUGAAGGCAAUGGCUACGAUCGAGUGGCGUUUGCAGUCUCGUUCGAAUGUGGAGUUUCGACGAGCAAGGACGUGUCUGGAAUGUGGGCCGUCGACAGUGGUGCAACGCACCACAUUUGCCACGACAAGACCAAGUUCGCAAGUUUGGCAGAGCGCAAUGAGGGCGAAAUCUUGGUGGCUGAUGGCAACAAGGUGGCCAUCAAGGGUGUGGGAACUGUUGAAAAGACAGCGGCUGUGAAGAAGACACCUCGUCAAGCUGCGUCAAGUGCUAAAUCAAGUGGAAGACCAAGCUUCGCUAUACCGGUGGGUACCGGUAUGUACCAGUAA